CUCACCCGAGAAACUUUCAGGAAAAGUCGUUAAUCUCUAGUUCAGACCAACACUUUCCAUCGUUAUAUUCAUCGUUCUUGUCUUUGAUUGUCUCUUAUUCUCCUCCUCACACAUCUUCAUGUUUUCAGAAUCCAUGGCUAUGAGAGAUCUUUAGCAAUGUCGGUUGCACCUGUUGAGAGCAUGGCAUCAUUGAGUAGCGACAUUUUCUAUGACAUAUUUAGGCGCCUAGAUGGCCCAACUUUGGCCAGUGCAGCAUGUACCUGUGCAGCAUUUUGUUCAAUCUCAAAAGAAGAGAGACUAUGGGAAAAUGUUUGUUCUUCCAUGUGGCCUUCAACAAACAGGGAAGAUGUAAAAAAUUUGAUAACAUCCAUUGGAGGAUUCAGAAAGUUCUACGCAGAUUGUUUCCCAUUUAUUGUUAACAAGGAAGUAACUGAGUAUCAAUGGAAUGACUAUCUUGACUACCCUGAAGAAUGGAAUGAAGCUGAAUAUUAUGGUGACAUUGAUGAGCUUGAAAGUAUUUCUCCAUCAGAUUUUAUUUCGAUUGUGGAUAUGAGGUAUAAAGAUAAAACAAUCUGUUCAAAAGUCCUGUGGGGUAUUCCUAAUGCAAAUGGAUACAAUGGUUGGUUUUACAACUGUCCAUUUCGGGUUGAUCUUCUUAUCCAUCCAGCUAGAGAGGAUGACAGUGAGGAAAUUGUCCUUUCAGUUUCUGAUGGUCUGCCUCCGAUUGCAUCUAUGGAAAAAGAAAGGAAGGAUGGUAAAUUGUGGAGAGAGCUCUGUGAUGGGCUCCGGCUUAGUUGGAUUGUUGUAAACAGAAAAAUAAAACAAGCCGCUAAUGUUGCCAGCUGGUGCCCUCUGGGUGGACAGAGGCAUUGGCCAACAGACAAAGAUUUUGUAAUACGGUUUGGAUCUGUUCUUCCUGCAAAAGACAUCCUUCCUUGCCAAGUAGUAGAGUGCAAUCUUAUCAUGAAGUUCAGAGUAGUACACACUGAGGAAGAGGGUGCAGAGACGACUCUCAAAUUGACAGAGCUCAGCAUGCAGUUGGAAGACAUGGAAGGUGCUCAUGUUAAUGGAAGAAACAGUUUGCUUAUUCUUAAGGAGGCCCUGAGUUGCAGGCGGAGUAAAAAUUACAGUGAAGUUCUUGAGUCAUGCCAUCUGUACUCCAAAGUGCAAAGUAAGUUAAAAGAGGUGAAGAUGAGAAACGAAAGCAGGUUAGACAGACUUUGUAUCUUAAGUGGCAUUACUGCAUUCAUCACUUUCUGUUAUUACAUUUUGUAAAUGGAGUUGCUGUUACGAUUUACCAGCAUACUUUAGACGAUAUAUCCGUUUUAACCUUGUACUUUUUGAUGUAAAGAUUCAUUUUUGCUUCAAGUAAUAAAGGAUAGCUGUUAUC